AUGCUCUAUAACACCACACCCGACCAGCUCUACGAGCCGCGCGCCGCCGUCGACCCUCUCGGCUACGGCCGCGUGGCCAUUGUCACCGGCUGCGCCUCGGGCAUCGGCCUCGCCUGCACACAGCUUCUGCUGGCUCAUCAGUUCUACGUCUGCGGCCUCGACCGACGUCCGUUUGACUACGCCAAGCUGCUGCGCGCCACCGACCACGGCCGCUUCCACUUCCAUCAGUGCGACCUCACGGCGCCCGGCGCCUGUGAUGACGCCGUGCGCAUUUGCCACCACUCGUUUGGCGGCACUAACAAUCUCGACGGUCACAUCGACGUGCUCGUCAACGUCGCUGGUGUCAUGGAUGGCUUCGCUAGCGCUGACACCGUAUCUGAUGCCGUCUGGGACGGGGUCCUCGCCGUCAACCUGACCGUGCCCGUGCGCAUGAUGCGCGCUGUUCUGUCAUCCAUGGUAGCAUCGUCCCCAUCCUCGUCCUCUUCGGCCUCGCCCGGCGGCGUCAUCAUCAACGUCGCCUCCACUGCCGGCCUCAGCGGUGCUGUUGCCGGAAUCGCCUAUACUGCCUCGAAGCAUGGACUGAUCGGCGCUACAAAAAACGUCGCCUGGCGCUUCCGCCAUGAAGGCAUCCGCUGCAACGCCGUCCUGCCCGGUUCAGUUGACAGCAGCAUCGGCCAGGCCAUCGCCGGCCGUGUCGAAGGUGGCCUGGACUCGGCCGGAUUCGCCCAGCUCGCCCCUGUCCACGCUCUGCAAGCACGGCCAGCCACUGCGGCUGACGAUGGCAACACAACGGACAUCACCGCUCUUGACGUAGCCAAGGCUAUCGUGUUCCUGCUGAGCGACCAGGCACGCUCCAUCAACGGUGUAUGCCUGCCGGUCGACAAGGCAUGGGGGGUGAUGUGA